AUGGCGACACGAUCAUCACAGCCAGAGCAGUCCGGCAGUACCACGUAUGUGAACUCGUCGGCCUAUGGCUUCUGCGUCUUUCCCGCCGAGCAAUUGCCAUUGAUCAAGUUGCACCUCUUGCAAGUUGCAGCGCGUUUUGGGCUGGAUCAGCUUCGAGGAACGAUUUUGUUAUCGACGGAGGGGGUGAACAUUCGACUAUCAGGGACGUUGGCUGCGAUCACUGCCAUGAAAAGUGCCAUCUCCGGUCUUGCUUCGGAGAUCCGCGGACUUGAGUUCAAGGACUCGUACUCCAAUCGUCUCACGAUGCUCAGGAUGUUGGUCAAGAUCAAGAAAGAGGUCAUUUCUAUGGGGAGGCCUGAAGUCAAUCCUGCAAUGGACGGACUGGCAGCUCACGUAUCACCGGAAGAGUUUAAAAAGUGGAUGGAUGAUGGCAAAGACAUGCUCAUUUUAGACACGAGGAACGACUACGAGGUUCGCUUAGGCACGUUUGAGAACGCUGUGGAUCUUGACCUCAAAUCCUUUCGUGCCUUCCUUACCGAAGCACGGACUCAACUACAGCAAGUGCCCAAGGAGAAGCCAAUUGUCAUGUUUUGCACGGGUGGCGUGCGAUGUGAAAAGGCAUCGUAUGCAUUGCUGAACGACGGGCACAAGGAAGUCUAUCAGCUGGACGGCGGUAUCUUGAAGUACUUUGAGAAGGUCGGCGAUGCUCAUUACAAGGGCGACUGCUUUAUUUUCGACGACCGCGUGGCGCUGAAACCAGAUCUCACCGAGGCCACGAUCGUCUGCUGCUUUGUCUGCCGGAGUCCACUCACGGAAGAGGAACAAAACUCCCCGGACUACGUGGUCAAUAAGCACUGUCCGUAUUGCAGCAAAGCAGGCAAAGCGGACGUUCAGAGCUCAGCCAAGUAG